GGGUUCUCGGUUCCUGCUGGCAUCACCCCGCCACCCCCUUCUCCUGCGCUGCCGGAACCUUUGCUGGGCCGGGGCCGGGCCGCAGGCGGCACAAUUCACUUGAGAAUCUCCAAGCACUCCAUGGAUAUCUAGCUCCACAUCUCUCCUGUAAGGAAGGAGCUGUAUGAGAGACUCAUGAUGAUCACGUUCAUGAAUAGCUCAGACAGUGAAGAGGAAGCCUGCAAUGAGAGAACAUCACUGAUGUCAGCAGAGAGCCCUCCCGUAUCCUCCUACCAGGAUGGCCUGCAAGCACCAGAAGCAUCAGAAACACCGGCACACAGGAAGAGCCAUACUGGUGGCAGUCGUAGCCCUAGUGAUGAUGUUGAUGGAGGUAAUUCUGAGUCAGGACUUCCAGUGAGAGACAUCCCUCUGGACAAUGAGGAAGAGGAACUGACGCUGAAAUAUGGAGCAAAGCAUGUGAUCAUGCUGUUUGUGCCUGUCACGCUGUGUAUGAUUGUUGUCGUUGCCACCAUAAAAUCAGUGCGCUUCUACACGGAGAAAAAUGGGCAGUUGAUCUACACCCCUUUUAGUGAAGAUACACCUUCUGUGGGCCAGCGUCUUCUGAACUCUGUGCUGAACACCAUCAUAAUGAUCAGUGUUAUCAUCGUAAUGACAGUGUUCCUAGUUGUGCUGUAUAAAUAUCGUUGUUACAAGUUUAUCCACGGUUGGCUGAUUCUUUCAUCACUGAUGCUGCUUUUCCUUUUCACCUACAUCUAUCUAGGCGAAGUGCUGAAGACCUACAAUGUGGCCAUGGAUUACCCCACCUUGUUCUUUGUCAUCUGGAAUUUUGGAGCCGUUGGGAUGAUCUGUAUCCACUGGAAGGGUCCGUUGCAGCUCCAGCAGGCCUAUCUCAUUAUGAUUAGUGCGCUGAUGGCAUUGGUUUUCAUUAAAUAUCUGCCCGAAUGGUCAGCGUGGGUCAUUCUAGGAGCCAUUUCCAUUUAUGAUCUGAUAGCUGUUCUGUGUCCCAAAGGACCAUUGAGAAUGCUGGUAGAAACUGCACAGGAGAGAAAUGAACCAAUAUUUCCUGCAUUAAUAUAUUCAUCUGCUAUGGUGUGGACAAUAGGAAUGGCAAAGCCAGACCCAGCAUCAAUAGGCUGUAGUCAGCAGACAUGGGAUUCAGCUGAAGAUGUGAGAGAGAACCAUGACAAUCCUACAUACGUGGAUUCUGAAAUCUCUGAGGCCAGGAGUCCAGCUCCGAUCCAUCCAACAGCGUCCUUAUUAGAGGAGCUGGAAGAGGAGGAAAGGGGUGUCAAGCUAGGCCUUGGAGACUGGAAAACAACACUGGCCUGUUUUGUAGCCAUUCUUAUAGGUUUAUGUCUGACUCUUUUAUUGCUAGCUGUGUUCAAGAAAGCAUUGCCUGCUCUUCCCAUCUCCAUCACCUUUGGCUUGAUAUUCUACUUCUCAACAGACAACCUGGUGAGACCUUUCAUGGACACCCUGGCAUCUCAUCAGUUGUAUAUUUAAAGGUGAAGAAAAACAAUUUGGAAGGUUAUGGGUUGUUUUUUUUAAAGCCUUGCUAUGAAGUAUGGCAUUUUAAACAAGGAAGUUGUAUAGUUUUACACUUAGUGCCAUAUAUUUUCAAGAGAACUUUUUAAAGUCUAUCAUGGGAUACUUAGUAAAAUCUAGUGGCUGACAUCUCAUGCUUUUUCAAGGGAGUUAGGUACCCAUUUCCUGUUGAAAUUCACUGGAAGUUGGCUAUCUAAGUCACUUGGGUUCCUUUGAAAACCUAGCUUUGGCAUUGGUGUUUGAGCAGUACCUGAAUGUACUCAAGCUAAACAUCACCUGUUGCAAAAGGAGAGAGCCUGUAUGUAGUACAGGCUGACAGAUGAAGAACCUUACAUGUACAUUUUGGGAGUUAGGACCUAUGGUUAUGCUUUAACCUGGAAUUGCAGAGGGCUGAUUUGUACUAUGUAAGACUUUGCACAGCACUUUGAAAGUGACAUGCUAACUCUAAUUGAAAGUAAGUCACAGAAUCCUCAUUGAACAAGAGAGGUGACCAGUAAACUAAUGUAACUGGCUGGCUGUGAACAUUAGACCAGGAGACUGUUAGGAUGUUCCAACACUUUGGGCCUAAUUGUGGAGGGCUCACUGAAAUUCGGAUCUGGCCCUUUGUCUUAAAAAAGUUGCUUAGUAUUAUCCUAAUGUGAUGUAGCAAGUGAAGUUUUUCUUUCUAACAAGAUGCCCUCAGAUGGAUCUAAAAGCAUGAGUCUCUGACUAACCUAGAAGCUCAGAAGCUGUGUACAAACUCAUUAGCCCCUAAGUGGAUCAUACUGGAAGUGUGAGUUACAGUUUCCUAUGCUUUCCUGGCAGUUAAAGUGCUAGGAAACAUCUUUGUUCACUAUUACAAACCUCAGAUGACCAAAAAGAUUGGAAAUAUGACAGAACUUCUAUUGAACCAGUUUAACUAACUUAUUCUUGGCCUGAUUCUUGUGUGUAAUAUAAUCUUUAUAGGGAGAACUGUUACCUCUCCUUUGUAAAGAGAUUGUUUUACGCUAAUCUAGGCUUGACUUAUCUAUUUUUUGGUAUUGUUUAAAUACUUUUUGAGACAAGAUUAGAAAGACCAUAUAAAUAUUUAUUGUAAGAGUGACUAUUUUGGAAAUACAUUGCUACUGUUUGUGAUUUUUUUUUUUUUAAGAUACAAUCAUAUUUUAUCUGCUAUCUGUUAUUCUAAAUAAGGCAUGGCAGAAAUUGAAAAUAAUUGCAAGGGUAAUGUAACCCCAUAAAACCACAAUACUUAUUGCCAGCUAACAUCACAUGUUUGGGAGCUUCUUGUUAGAUAUGUUAACCAUUCUCUCUUUUUUCAGUGUGUUCUUUUUCUUCCCAAAGUUCAUUUUUAAGAAAUGGAACACCUUUGAUUUAGCUCAUGUCAGGUAAAUAAACAAGCUCUUAUUUUUCUUUGACCAUUAAUCACCGUGCAAAAUAUACCAUUGUGAAAUACUUGUGUCAACAAAUGUGGUCAUAUCAGCAACAGUAAAAAAUUAAUGUCUGCAAAUAUUCUCUUUAGGAGAGGCACUGACUUCUGUAUUUUUAAAUUUGUUUUUCCAAUAGACAUAUUAAAUCUAACCUCCUUUGAUAUUUAAAAGAUGCUUAUUUAAUAUAUUAAUAAAAAUUAAUUCAUAGUUUAAAAAACAAUUUUUAGUUUGGAUGUUUGUAUGGAUUGUAUGCAUCUCAGGUUGGUCAAAUGUACUCAGUUCUGUUUUUUGUUGAGUCUAUUUCACUGUCAUUUUCUCACUACUAUGUUUAGGUUAAAAUGCAGCAGCAGAGGAGUUAAUUGUUAUAAAAGCUGUGUCUAUGGGAAUCGGAAAAGAAUUAGCAUAUUUCAGUUUGGUUUUAAGAUUUGUGUAAUUUUUUAAAUAAAAUCUCUACAUUUUGGGCCAGA